AUGGUUCAAACGAAAUCUGGUUGGAUAUGGAUAUAUGGCUAUUUCUUCGUGGUGACGAUCUUGCUUAUUUGUAUUAAUGGAGAUUCGAGUGUUCCGAGAUAUGAUCACGGGGCCGUGCUGAUAGGAAACAAAUUAUACGUGUACGGCGGAAGAAACCUAAAUAACGUUUCUUUAAACGAACUCCUUAUACUUGACGUAACCCAAUCAUUUAACCUCUCAAUUCCUCCGUGGUCUCUCGGUCCCCAGACAGGUCCCCACAUCUAUAAACACGGUGUUUCCGUAGGUGGUCCAAAAAAUGACCGCAUGAUGCUCUUGGGUGGUAUUACCAUUGAUCCUUUCGGUUCCUUAUUAUAUUAUGACACUGUCAACAGUCUAUUCGUAAAAUCAAACUCAACACAACCGGCACGUAAUUUUGAGAUAGCCGUCACGCAAGAAAAUUCGAAUGGUCUUGUGUUCGCAUAUGGUGGAACUGACUCAACGGGUGCCACAUCAACAGGGUUGACGAUAGUGAAUUCAUCGCAGGAUACUGUUACAACGCUUCAGUUAUCGAACCAGCCUCCGGGACGAGUGGGUCAUACUGCCACUCUGUUGGGUGAAAAUAUUUAUCUCAUUGGUGGGGUGACAGGUAAUAGUUUGGAAGCGAUGACGAAUAUUUAUGUGUACAACACGGCGUUUCGUACCUGGAAACUUUUGACUGCCGCCAAUAUAAACGUACCGUAUGGUCGCCGUUCGCAUCGGGCCGUGGGAACUCCCGACGGAAAAAUCAUAAUCUACGGUGGAAGUCAAGCAAUCAUCGCUUACGGAAAUAUGCGAUAUACCACCACCCAAAAUAUUUUUGUUCUUGACGUCAACAACUUGACAUGGAAAACUCAAUAUGUGCCAAAAAAUUUUGGCCCGACCGAAACUGCAAAUCCAUCGCUAACCCCCGGCACACUUUCAUCUUCGUGGAAUGUUCCAUUGAUAGUCGGUGUGGUCUGCGGUGUGGUCGGCCUAAUCAUUAUAGCGGCAUUGAUAUUUUUCUUUGUUAAGAAGAAGAAAAAGGAUCCGGAAGAUGAUUUAUUCGAAAAAAAUCCGGAUCCAUUAUCGCCAACAAAUGAUGACACAUUGACGGGCCCACGUCCUCGUCAGGAAUUUGUGGACACCGGAAAAAAACUACCAAAGGUACGAUUCAUUUGGGGAAAUGAUCGCGACGAUAAUGUGGAGAAUCCCGAUGAAUUGUUUAGAUACAAUCAGGACGAUUCGUUCAAAUAUGACCCAUUUCGGAGCUCCGGAUCCGAUGCCGCAACAUUAACAAUGGACGAACGUGAAUCAUGGAAUUCGACACCAAGUAACCUUAAACCGAUGAAUG